ACGUCCGGAUCCGAGGCCCGUACGUAUGUACGUCGUCGACCCUCGUCGAGCUAGCAAUGCAAUUUUCGUGCACAAAAUCUAGAGUUUGAUUUCUUUGUUCAGUGAUCGAUCAACAUGGCUGCGGCCAACCUCUCGUCGAUGUUUCAGUACUGGAAAAACUUCGAUUUGCCGGUUUUGCAGAGGGAGCUAGACACAACUGCUACUGAGUUAGCAAGCAGACAGGAUGAGAGUGAUACAUCAAGAAAACGACUGGUGGAACAGAGUAGGGAGUUCAAGAAAAACACUCCAGAUGAUAUCCGCAAGUCAGUGGCACCCCUCCUGAAGCUGUUCCAAUCAGAGAUUGAUGCCCUAUCCAAGCGUAGCAAGGCAGCAGAGGCCUCCUUUCUUUCUGUCUACAAGAAACUUAUUGACUUGCCAGAUCCUGUCUCAGUCCUGGAGCACAGUUUGAGCUUACAGAAACGGGCUCAAAAGGCUCAGGACCUUGAGGUUGAGAACCAGAAGCUGAGAGAGACACUGGAGGAAUAUAAUCUAGAGUUUGCUGAGGUUAAAAAUCAAGAGGUGACAAUCAAGAACUUGAAAGAGAAGCUUCGUGAGUAUGAGGAGCGCAUGGAAUCAGCCGCUCAGAGUCGAGCUAGAGAGAAAGAGAAGGAAUUACAGAGGGAAUUCCAAGACAAGGAAAGACAAUUGAAAGAAACGCAAUUGACAGUGGCAACCAAACUUGGAGAGGCAGAACUGAAAAUACAGACACUUCAAAAUGCUUUGGAUGCUAGCCAGUCUGAACUGUUUGAUCUAAGGGCAAAAUUUGAGGAGCAAGCUGCAGCAAAAUCUGAUGAAGUUGACAUGCUGAUGACAGACUUGGAGCGGACCAACCAGAGACAGUCUGCCAGUGAGAAGGAACUGGAAACAUUACGAGCACAGCUAGCAUCAGCUACACAGGCACUACAGCAAGCUGAACAGAUGCAGAAAGCUCCUAGUGUGGAGCAGGCCAUUGAUAUUUUGACAAGGUCAAGUCUGGAGGUGGAGCUAUCUGCAAAAGAAAAGGAGAUUUCACAACUUGUUGAGGAUGUUCAGAGAUUACAAGCCACUAACACUAAGCUGAGAGAUGGAUCAACCAGCCAGAUUCACAAGUUAGAAGAACAAGUCAGCCAAAAGAAUGCUACAAUACAGAAAUUGGAAGAACAGAUGCGUAGUCGGAGUGACUAUGAUGAGAUCAAGCGAGAACUCAGUGUGCUCAAGUCUAUUGAGUUCAGCACCCAUGGCAGUGAUGUGUCUGAGAGUGGUGAGCAAACUGACGGUGGUACAGCUACACCCAAGUCACUGGAGAUGCUGCUGUUGGAGAAGAACCGAGCCUUACAGUCAGAGAACACAACACUGAAAGUUACCAAGUCUGAAAUAAACAGUCCCGGGGGGAUAUCCCAAGCGCAGGCGUUUGCAUCUCUUAUUGGUCAAGAGGUUGCGGCUGCCUACAGCCAGCAGGUGAUGUAUGCUCAGCAGCAGGCCCAGCAGCAGACCCCUAGUGGCUCUCAGAUCAUCCAGCCAAUUAUUGUCAUCCCACCAUCACUCAAUAGUGCUGCAGCAUCCUCACUGCAGCAUCUACAUAUGCUACAUCAUCACCAUCAACAACAGCAGCAUCGACCACAUACACCCAAUCGACCACGCACCCCCAAAUCUGAUACGCAGGUUAACCCUGCUGUUACUAACCAUGAAUGGCUUGACACGAUUCAGAUUGCCAGACGCGUCAAGGAAGUCCUGACUGAGCAUAACAUUGGUCAGCGAAUAUUUGGAGAGCAUAUUCUUGGUUUGAGCCAGGGAUCUGUUAGUGACAUUCUCUCCAGGACUAAGACAUGGGAUAAGUUGACCCUAAAAGGAAGAGAACCAUUUCUCAAGAUGGUUCAGUUUCUUUCAGACAGGCAAUAUGUGGAACAACUCAAGAUACUGUCCCCUCACAAGAAAGGCAAAGAAAUAAUGGCUACACCUCCGAGUAGUACUGCCAGCGGGGAUGGUGGUGACAUCUCAAGUCCCUCCAUAAAAACCUCCACAGAGGAAGCCAUUAACAACAUUCUGGCUUUAGCUAAGCAAGAGAUGGAGAGUAAGAACAUAGGUCCAGGGAUGGUCAGGCCUGGUGAUAGAAGGUGUGAUAAUCCAAACCUUCACUCCCUCCACCGACAGAAGACACCACCAAGUAACAAUUAUAGCCGGGGAGGUGGUAGCAGUAACCCUCGACAUAACGGCCACAAUAUGAAAGUUGAACGUACGAAAAGCUCAAGCUGUGCUCUCACUCCCACUAAUCAGAUCCUAGAGGAACCAUGCGCAAAUGGAGUAUCCUCAGAGAGUGCUGACGAGGGAUCAUCAUCCCGGGAUGAUACCGGAGAUAUCAAAUCCACCUUUAUGUCCAUCAACCCACGCAUGCCUCGCCGCACUAUGGCAGCGCUGACUGUCCAACAGUGCGAGUUCAACCGAGACCUAGACACUCUGGAGAUAGCUCGACAAGUCCGUGAGCGUCUAGCUCGUGGCAAUAUCCCACAGAGGGUCUUUGGAUACCAUGUCAUUGGGUUGUCUCAAGGAAGUGUGAGUGAUAUUCUGUCCAAGCCUAAACGAUGGGACAAGUUGACGGUCAAGGGAAGAGAGCCAUUCAUUAGGAUGAGACUGUGGCUUGAAGAUCCAGAUGGCUUGACUUCUUUGAAAGAAUCUGUCAGGAAAGCAUCUGGGUUCUGGAUGGAGCAGCAACGACCACCAUCAACAGGCACAGAUACCUCCGAUCAGCAUAGUGCAUCUGAGAUGUCUCCAGGCCCUCCUACUCCUAACCAACCUCACCUAGAUAACACCCAGACACCAACUCCUACCCAAGCUUCUUCAUAUCUAAGCCAGCAACAACCUGCUAGUCCCCUGAAUCUGACUACACCUGUUGGCUCUAACACAAAUGCACCUGCAAGUACCCCAGGCACUCCUACACCAUGCAGUGCUCCAUCUACUCCUACCCCACCCAUUCAGGCACCCAGCACUCCUCAUGUAGAGCUACAGACCCCCUCACCUCCUCAGCAUUUCCCUGAGCUGCCACCAGUCCAUGAACAGGCUGCUAUGAUUGAGUUCCUGGAUACGUUUGAGCUCACACGUCAAGUCAAAGCAAUCUUACAGCAGCAUGGUGUCGGUCAGAAGGCCUUUGGGGAGGCUGUUCUAGGAUUGACCCAAGGCUCAGUCAGUGAUCUACUCUCCAAACCCAAGAUGUGGUUAAAGUUGAGUAUGAAGGGGAGAGAGCCAUACAUACGCAUGUAUCUGUGGUUACAGGAUAAAGAUGGUGUGGAGAAAGUCAAGAACUAUCGACCUAUAAGAAGACCCAAACGCUUCAGCUUUGUCGAUCCGAGGGAGGUGAGUGUGGCCGGUACACCAAUGAAGAAACCUCGUAUUCUACUCUCCCCUGAAGACAAAGAAGCUCUCCUGAUAUCCUAUAACAAUGAACCCUACCCAUCACAGAGUGCCAUUGAACUCAUUGCCUCUGAUCUGCGACUACCUGUCUCAACAGUCAUCAACUGGUUUCAUAACCAUCGGUCACGACUCAAACGAGGUCACACACUGGUAGAGGAUGCUGCUAACUUCAUGAUUCAGACAGCAGAUGGGAAUAUCAUUGGUCCUGAUGGUCUGACAGCUACACAUGCCAUGAUGUAUGGCGCAGAAACGACUACACAGAUGGAAUCCUCAUCUUCACCUGUUCACCCUCAUGAUGAGGGUAAUCCAUCGCCUUCAACCUCACCGAAAGUUGUCAACGGUGAUGCAGUGGUUUUAGAAACCACUGAUGGACAGUUAAUAGAGACAAGUAGCUUGGAAGGCACACCUGAUCUAACUAGUAGUCAUAGUAAAGUAGAUUCACCAUCACAUCAGGAUGCCUGCGCUAAAACAAUGCAGAUCCAAAGAGAGGAUGGCCACCAGGCUAGCUCCGAAUCCUCUGAUCAUGAGGCAGUGAGGAAUGGCAAGACUUCACCUGGCCAACACAGAGAGCCAAGAGCUGGUCGACAGGGGAAAAAAGCAAGUAGACGAGAACGUGAACCGACGGGGGAUACUAGAGGAAUGAGUGUGGCUGAGAACAAGAUGAGUGAGAAGGAUGCUUAUAGUAUCCUACAGAAGUUAGAGAGUGGGGUGCGGGAUGGGUCUGGAGAUGAGUGGGAAUUCUAAUCUUCCUACGUCUAUGUACACCACGUAGGAACUAAGCACCGUCGAUAUUAGAAUUUUCAAUAAUCGAUAUAUCAAAAAUCCAAUAUCGGGAAUAUCUGAUAUAUCGAUUAUCCUGUGAAAAAGUUGAAGACCAUAAAGAUGACACUCUGAUUAAAAAAAAAAAAAACAGUGUUAAGUCCCCAAUUUUCCACGGCUUUCUCUGGAGCAUAUUGCUCAAACUUUUUAAAACAAAUCUCAGCACUGACAGUUUAUCCAGAACGAGCGGUUUCUUUUGCGGUUUUACGUUGGGGGAGACCGCAAAUUCCAGCGAAUGCAGAGCACAAAGCGACGCCGCUUGGCAUUUCAAGAUGUUUUUAUUUUGAUUCACAAGCACAAGUUGCCGCCGAGUUUUGUUUCAUUAUGUACGGCAAAUGUUAAACACAAAGUAAAAGCACAAACGGGAGAUUUAUUUGACGAUAAUCUGACGCACUUUUGAUAUUUUCGAUAUCAUUCCUCACAAAAUCAAAAAUUUCGAUAUUUCGAUAUGAUUAAAAAAAUCGGCAAUAUUGAUAUCAAAAUAAAUAUAGUAUAAUCGAGUAAUAUCGAUAUAUCGACGGUGCUUAGUAGGAACUGUAAAUGGGUAUUGGGUGGCCUAGUCACCUGAGCCAAGGAUGGGCACGUCAUGUACGCUUACUUGUCUGUACGUGUGAGUGAUGUGUUUUAGCAUGGAAGGAAUGUACCUGAGCAUGGGUGGCACUACACAUGUGGUGUUUAUUUAUCUGUCAUUAAUACUGAUGUUUUGCAUUGUUACCUCUGAAGUACCAGAUGCACAUACAUUGAUGUAUGAAGUCCAUAGCAUGGUUCACUCGGUCAUCUUGAGGUCAUGAUCCAACCAUUGACAUCUAAAGAGAUGUCUUUUGUGUUGUCUCUUUCGUGCUGUGAGUGUGUCUGCUGUUAAACACACAAUGUUGCUAAUUUAAUGACAUUACACUUUUAGGUUACAAUCAAAAAUGCCAUUAGAAUAUGUUGGUUAUUACUGGAAUCUUAGUGACUCUUAGCAAGUACAUUGUAUGUUAAUCAAGCAAUAUUAUUUAUGGUUUGUUGACAUGAUAUGUAGCUGUGUACCGCAUAGGCAGUGUUAGUUUUUAUGAAAUAGUAUUCAUAAACAUGUGCUGCUAAUCUUCAAUGAAAAUGAAUAAGUCCCCAAGAUGGCUAGGGGAGCUCAAAGACCCUGGGCCCUGUGCCGCACCUUGAAAUAUGGGGUUUUUUGUAGAUUUUUUAUGGAAUCAGUGAAGGAUAGUGGUAUUAGGGCUUUAUUUUGUGUUGGCCAAACUUCGUAGAGGAGUAAUCAUUACAGAUUUGACAUGUGAACUGUAAGCAAGCAAAUGCAUUUAACUGAAAUGUUGUGUUUUUCUACUUUCUAUAAUCUACCUUAAAACACUUGUCAUAGUCCCACACACGCUUUCAGUAUUUGGCACUUAUUCUCCUAAUAUUUAUUUGAAGAGCAAAACUCAAUUUCUUUUUGUUACCAUUAAAAUAAUCUUCUCUGUCCAAGUAUUAUGUAAACUGUUGUAUCUGACUUUGUUUGCUGUUUCGGUUUCCCUUUUAAAAUAUUGUUUGAGUUUUACAUGUACAUGUAUGUUUCAAAGGCAGGACCAAAGUUUGCUAUUUUUAUUAAGGCCCACCCUAUAGUGCAAUAAUGAGUAUGUAUUACAUACAUGUAUUUACCAACAAACAUUGAAAACUACAGUAUUAUUUUAUUGUUUUUACUUCACAGAAGCGCCCAACUUUUAAUUAAUGUCUUUCAAAGAGAUAGACUUUUAGCUUUAUGAUACCAUUGGAAUUAAUUGCCAAAUUGAAAUGGGACUCACUGCAAUGUCCUGGCUGGUUUUCUCUCAAGAAGAGGUCGGGGAUGUGAGGAAGAGACUGGGCACAGACCUGGACAAAAUAACUGGCUCUUUCUUUCCUGUUAUUGGCAGGAGUUUUGAAGCAUUUUUAUAAUUGUAAUUGUAUCAUAUAUUACAAGGUAAAAGAUUACCUGCAUGUAUUUGAAGGGAAAAAGUCAAUUAGUUUCUAAAAAAAAAAAAUGCUUGAAAUACAUUUACAAUGUAUGUGGCUUGGAAAAAUGAGGUUCAUUACUGUAAACUUUUGUUUUGUGGGGGGAGGGGUAAUUUGCCGGCAAUUUUAUGGGCCAUAUGCAUAAGUUAUUCAAAAGUAUGUUUGGGAAAAGUAACAUGAAGAGUAAAAUACAUUGUAUUUUGGAUUAUUAUCAAAGAAUAUUUUGUCAUUGAUUUUUUAGUGAGUCAUAGAUUAAAAAAAAAGAUAAAUGUAUGAUGAUUAUAAUAAUCAUGUUUGCCAUCAGAUAUCGGAAAACAACCAUGUUUUAUUUAAACAUUUGAAGAUGUUCUGUUAAUUUAGAUAGUGCAAGUUUUUUGCAACAUCACUUGUAUUUAGAAUUAUUGUACAAGAUCCUUUAUUAGGGUCCAGCAGGCUGGACUAACUAUGUCAAAGCAGGGAAAAUCACUGUUUUUGCAUUUUGAUUGUAUUCCUUUUUCCAUAUCACCCAGUUAAUUUUGACAAUCAGUUCAAGAAACAGUAGUUGAUCAAGUUGAUAACAGUUAGACUUUUAUGCAUGUAUACUCCUAUAGCUGAACCAAGUCUGUAGUUUUACGUGUAUCUUUUGUUAAUUAUCUUAAUCCUUUAAUUGUUGAUUGUUGGAACACUUUAAAACUUUGUAAAUAUGAGGACUAUAGCAAACUAUAUGAAAUGCGAUCCCUGUAGAAGUGUUAGUCACUAUUUAUCAUGCAUGUAUUGUACAUACAGUUUUGUACUCCUGUGAUAUCGCAACACAGUUUUUCAUUACAAAGAGAAUUACAGAUGUUUCUAUCUUGCCAGAACCAGUCAAUCCUACUUAUAUUAUACAUGUAUCUGUUGCUGCAUGGUAAGCAUUCAGAACUAAAGCAUUUUAUAUUGUCUCAUAUACUCUCUAGUCGACAGCAUUUUUAGGACCUAUUCUUGAUAUUGUUGUCUUGGGAAGAACAAGGCGGUUCACUUUUUGUACCCUGUCUUCCCACAAUUCACUUGUACAUGUUCCCAUUCUUCCCCAGUAUUUAUUAAAAAUUGUACAACUACCAUUGAA